AUGCAUCUACUCAAGAUUGGCGCUCGGAGAAACAAUGCUGCGUGUUCCUGGCUCAUGAAAUUCAGUUUCCUUUGGCUGCUUAGCCAGCACUGUUGCAGCGCCAGCGCUGUUUGGACUGCUUACAUGAACAUAUCAUUUCACGUUGGAAAUCGCAUGUUGUCAGAGCUGGGGGAGACUGGAGUGUUUGGAAGAAGCUCCGCUUUGAAGAGAGUGGCGGGAGUUAUCGUGCUUCCAGAGGGAAAAAUGCAAAAUGCAUGUAACCCCAAUACCAGUUUCAGCAAAUCGAAGAACUCGGCCAAAUGGCUUGCGCUUGUUGAACGGGGGGGCUGUACCUUCACACAGAAGAUCAAGGUGGCUGUGGAGAAGGGAGCCAGCGGAGUGAUCAUCUAUAACUUUCCAGCGACCGGCAAUCAGGUUUUUCCCAUGUCCCAUCAGGCAUUUGAAGACAUCGUUGUGGUGAUGAUUGGUAACUUAAAAGGCAUGGAGAUUUUGCAUUUAAUUCAGAAGGGAGUUCACGUUACAGUCACGAUUGAGGUGGGAAGAAAACACAUCAUCUGGAUGAAUCACUAUUUUGUCUCUUUUGUGAUCGUCACAACUGCUACGUUAGCAUAUUUCAUCUUUUAUCAUAUUCGAAGACUUUGGGUAGCAAGGAUUCAAAACAGGAGAUGGCAGCGGUUAACAACCGAUCUCAAGAAAGCAUUUGGCCAGCUUCAACUUCGGGUACUGAAAGAGGGGGACAAGGAAGUGAGUCCAAAUGGAGAUAGCUGUGUAGUUUGCUUUGAACUCUACAAGCCUGAUGAUACAGUUCGUAUUCUGACUUGUAAACAUUUUUUCCACAAGAACUGCAUUGACCCCUGGAUUCUAGCCCAUGGGACAUGCCCCAUGUGCAAAUGUGACAUCCUUAAAGCUUUGGGGAUUCAAGUGGAUGUUGAAGAUGGAACCGAAUCCUUGCAAGUUCUAAUGUCAAAUGAAUUGUCUGGUAUCCUAUCACCUAGUGAAGAGGGCACAAAUAAUGAACUUACUCCUGCAGGAAGGUAA